ACAACGGGAAAAACUAGCUUCGAUCAGUAACGUAUAUAAAUAAUUGUUCUCUAUGAUCAUCGAUCAAGAACCUAGCUAUUAUCUGAUCUAUAUAUCUGCAGGGCACCAAUUCAAAGAAUCGAUCAUUGCAUCUCAUGGAUCCGGAGGUUCCGGCGGCCAAUAAUCUCCCUCCGGCGGUGGCGAAUUUACCUCCGGGGUAUCGUUUCUGGCCAUGCGACGAGGAGCUUUUGGACAUGCUGACAAAGAAAAGACUGCAGCAGGAAGUUGACCACCGAAUUCCAGAAGUGCGGGAUUUCUACCUCCAAACUCCGGAAGAACUCACCGCAGGUACGUACCGCGGCAUAUUAUUCGGCCGCCGGCCGGCACAGUGUUUCACCGACGAACUUUUAAUCAAUUAAGUAUGUAAUAGGAUAUGUUGAUAUGCUGGGGCUGGGAGAGGACGAAUGGUACUUUUUCACUCCAUGGGCUUAUGAGGAGGAGAACCCCCCGCUGCUUGCAGAUGAGUUUUGGGAGCAAAGAGGGAACACCAAAACCGUCCGAGUCCGAGCUGGGUCAACUUAUUAUGGCUUCAAGAAGACCCUGGUGCUCAUCAGGAAUGGGAUCAAGACGGCGUGGAGGCUGGACGAAUACAACGCCGCCCCUCCCCUCGCCGCAGCAGCUGUACCGCCGAAUGAUCAGGAAUGGUACCUGUGUAGGGUGUACAACAAACGGGUCGGGCCACUGCAAGCUUCAUAUAAUUAAUUAGCUGACAUACCCAUACGCACUUAUUUGAAUUGGAGGAAGGAAUACAUGCGGCAACUUGAUGUGAUGAAGAAAAGCAUGCAUGGAUCGGAUCGAGUUUUCAUUUUGUAUUGUUUACUUACUUUGAUCUAUCACUAGACAUUUUUUUUUGUUGGCAAUCUUCAGCAUGAAACACCGUACAGUACCACUAGUUCGUUAUUAAUGAAGUCUAUACGAUACAUUUG